AUGAUGAUGAUGGUUGAAAAUUCAAUGAAUGUCCAUUCUCAUGCCACCUGCACCACAACUUCAACAGAAGAAGAUGAUGGUCAACAAGAAAUAUCUACCUGUGGAGUUUCUUCCAUGUCCUCUCCACAUGUUUCGAAUAAUUCUUCCUCCUCAUAUUCUUCCUCUACUAAUAGUGAGGAAGAGGACCAAACCAACACUAGAUCUACAUGUAGAAGAAUAACUAAACAACACAAAUCAUCUAACCAAUCUCCAAGUAAGAAGAAGAAAAGAUCCUUGAUUGGUGAAAUUGUUAUGAACCAAAGUCAACCAAUGGUUGGUCAAUUAAUUUCUCAACAUCAACAACAAGCAAUUGUUUUUGAAAACUUUGAAGGCAGAAAGUCUUCAGCAGCUACUACUAAUGGUAUCAGUCAUAUUCCUGGUACAUUUUCCUUUUCACACAAGGUUGAGAAUAGUCAACUUUCGAAUAAUGAGCAACCAGCAGCAAAAUCAAACAUGUGUGAGGUAAUUCUUUCGAAUUGGAAGAGUCGUUCAGAUACAAGACAGUGGAUUAAGAAAUGUAUUGGUCCACAAGAUAAGAAAAAGAAGGUUAAGAAGGAUCAUCAAUGGUUUCAAUCUUCGAAUAGUCAACUUUCGAAUAGUCCACCAUUUUGCCAACCAAGUCCAACAGUUGUUUUCAACAAUCAAUCUUCACCAAUUAUAACUUCCAAGUUUGAUAGAAAGCCAUCAUCAAACAGUAUUUCUACCACUAACGUUUGGUCAGAUUCGUAUAUUCAUACUACAUGUUUAAUUCCUGGUCAAAGAAAGGUAGCCAAGUCAACUACACCAGUGAUGGCUUCACCACAACAAUUACAAUCGAUUUCAACACAAUCAGUGAGUUACCCAACCGUUUCUCAUCAACACUACCAACAACAACAAUAUUCGAAUCAAUAUGAAAAUGUUUCCUCUUCGAAUAUUGGUAAUAAUCCAUGGUUGAAUGAUAUUACUUCAACAUCCAAUGUAUUAUCAGAUGUUUCUGAUAAACAAUUCGCUUUGCCAAGCUUCAGAGAGUUUGUUUCCACUUUAGGCCUGUAA